CCGGUGGUAAAUCGAUGAACGAUGUAAACAAAAACCAAACACAACGUGCGCGAUGGACAUAAAAACGUUCAAAUUGCUUCAUCCGGUAAAGUACUACAAGGAUUACCUGGAAAACAACAUACGGCCGGAUGGGCGCGAGCUGGAGGAACUGCGUCCCACCGCGAUUAGCUUCGCGGUGAUUCAAAGUGCAGACGGGUCGGCGAUCGCGAAAAUCGGCAACACCACGGUUUUGUGCGGUAUCAAGGCCGAGCUGGCAGCACCAAAGGCAGUCGAGCCGAAUCAGGGAUAUCUGAUACCGAACGUGGAAAUAUCGCCAGUUUCGUCGCCCUCCUAUCGACCGGGGCCACCGAGCGAGGAGGCCCAAGUUUACAGUCAAUCCUUGGCGGAUGUCUUCUCGAAAGCGCGCUGCAUAGAUCUUGCCCAGCUCUGCAUUGAACCGGGCAAGCUGGUAUGGGUCCUUUACUGCGAUCUAGUGUGCCUGGACCAUGACGGCUGUGUUUUCGAUGCUGCUGUAGCCGCGCUCGUAGCUGCACUGCAUACCGUAAAACUAUCAAAAAUCGUGUACAACAGCGACACUGGGGAAACCGAAGUAGAUCGCUCGUCGCUAUCCGCUUUGACUGUCCGGUGCGUCCCCGUGACUACCUCGUUCGUAGUGAUAGCCAACCGCACCAUUGUCGAUCCAACGGCUGAAGAGGAGAAACUGGCCGGCACUAUACUUACCAUUACCAUAAGCGAUGGCAAGUUGAGCUUCGUCACGCAGUCCGGUGGUCAGCCGAUGGAUCAUGCGGUGCUUAAAAAAUGCACCGAUAAUGCCACUCAACGGGAACGCUCCGUCAAGAAGAUGAUCGCGAAAAUGCAGCAAAAACGGACGGCAUGAGCCAAUAAAGGUGCUACUUAUGGACGGAUA